UAUCGAUGCUCAACACUGCAGCUGUUAUUUUUGAUGCAUUGUGGUGUCUGCUGUAACUAUCAUGUUUGAAAGAAAAUUAAUCUAAAUAAUGAUUUUUCAAGGAAAAUGAUGAUUUUUUCAUCUUACUAAGUGUUUAUUCUUCUGUGAAGUCUAUAUUUUUUUGAUAUUUCAAGUGUUGUGUUCGAAUUGAAGUAAAUAAUUCUAUUUUGAGGUUAUGUUAUUUAUUUCUGCAGGAAGUUGUAGUUUAUUAAAUUAAAAGAUUUUUAAAUGAAUUUAUUAUGAAACAUCAUGGAACUUCACUACUCUCUUUGCUUAUUUCACUCUCCAUCUAUAGAUUGUCUAAUGGAUUUGAAUGUGACUUUCAUGCCACCAUGAUUCGAUCGGUUGAAAAGGAAGGAUUUCACAAGGAACUCAGAUCUCUCGUGGAAAUUGUAACGACAAAGUCAACUGAAAAGCUUCGUGAUUGCCAAGUAGCUAUUGAAGAAAACUUGCCUAGCAGUUUCUAUGUUGAUCCUGAUCAACUCAACAAUCUCGGAGCCUAUGGAAAGGUAGUGGCCUGCGCAAAUGAGACCGUGGACGUUGAGAAGCCCCAGUUUACAUCUCCACCUCUCAAGGUGUAUGUCUACUCGUCACUGAACACCACAGGGAAUCUGCUGGUCGCUAACCUCGUUCUUCCCAUCCAUUUGAGGUACCACAAACCGAGGGCCGGUGGAGGCUACGAAGUGGUGAAAAUAUCGAAGCCCCGCCUCUUCUUACGGUGUCCCAGAAGGCUGGACUGUCCCAAGCAAGGCACCAUGGUGUUUCCCUGCUAUCGGUGCAGUCUGAACAAGUGUUCAUGGCUUGAGUUCUCCUUCAAAACGAACAUGGACCCCUUAAAAGUGACAGUGCCGGUCGGUGAUUUGAACCAUAAACUUAUCAUUCAACUUCUCACAUUCCUAGUAACAAUUGGAGGAUCUAUCUAUAUAUUUUCAACUUUAGCCAGUAAAAUACCUCAUUUAUAAUGUUAAUCAUUGUUUUAACUCUAGUUUAUUUUACAACAGGAUAACAGGAGUUAUUCAAUUAAAAUAAUUGAAAUAAGUGUACUGUAAUGAAUUUAGGUAAUAUUAAACUAAAUAAUAUGAACUAAAGUUUUUCAUACUGAAUUGCUCGUCUGUAUUUUAUUGAACAAAUGUUAUUAAAGGAAUAUUGAACAAAAAUAAAUAGACUAGAGCAUGUGUAGUGAAAAAUUACAAAAAAACAAAUUUGGAAUUACUCAUUGUAAUAAAUGAAUAGCCUAAAUGAACACAAUAUAUUUCAUAACUUUUAAAACCCGACUUGCAGUUAUUUAUUUGAUGUAAUAGACUUUGACCCGGUUGCACAAAAGCCUUUUUAAUUUUAACCAUUAUUAAAUUCGAAUGUCACAAGAACCUAUCAGAGAAGGCUUUUUCGACUAGAAGUUUCUCUAGGUGAUUUAAAAGGUUGCAUUAAUUCACUGUUAAAUUUAACUGACUUUUGUGCAACGGGCUUUAGAAUUUUUGUAUUUAUUGAUUACUUUAGCAAUAAAAAAGUAUUGACAUUUCAUUUUCAGGGGUUUCAAUUCUUAUUUCUGUGAUUUUUACCAAUAUAUUCCAAUUAAUUAUUGACAAUAUUUAUUGUACUGAAUAAAGAAGUGUUUUAUCCAAA